AUGUCACCUUCCCUCGACUUGAACCGCCCUACGGCUCUCCUCCUAAUUGACAACCAAUCCGCCUUCUGCCACUCAGAAACAGUAUCCCACUGGGGUACAUCACGCUCCAAUCCACUCUACGAGGUGAACAUUCGAGCUCUCAUCACCGCAUUUCGAGCCGCGCGCUCAAGCUCCAAGCAAUCACUAGAAAUCAUCCAUGUGUUCCACUCCUCAGUCACACCAGGAUCCCCACUGCAUCCACUUCACCCAACACAGGGAAUCCGUCCUUUAGACUUCGCCGUCCCGGCAUCAGAUGGGUCAGAGCCCGUAUUUUGGAAGAGCGUCAACUCUUCAUUCAUUGGCACGAAGCUCGAAGAGCAUCUACGGGAGCAAGGGAUCCGGCAGUUGAUUAUUGCGGGGUUGACUACUGAUCAUUGCGUUUCUACAACGACUCGGAUGGCGGCGAAUUUGGGAGUCGUGGAUCGAGUAGUUGGAGAUGGACCUGUCAAGAUAUAUGCUGAUGGGACGCAUGAAAAGGAUGUGAAGGUUGAUAAGGGGAGGAUUGUGCUUGUGUCGGAUGCCACGGCGACUUUUGAAAAGGGCGGUAUUGAUGCGGAGACGGUUCACAAGGUUUCGGUUGCUAGUCUUGAUGGCGAGUUUGCGGAUGUCCUUGGGACUGAGGAGGUUGUGAAGGCUUUGCGGAAGGUGGCUCAUUGA